AUGGAUUGGGAGGCUGCUGAAGAUUGUGUCACUAAUCCUCCAGCCACGGAGUCUUCAGCUGCUGUUCGAACAUGGACAGCAGAGCGUUCUUCUCAGAUUCUAGCCCUCCUCGAGGCCGAUCCGCCCCGGGCCAUCAACUCUCCCUACAACCCAGAACGCCUCCUUAACAACUGUGUUUUUGUCACCCUGGCCUAUCUCCUUCACACUAAUGCUCGCGAUCUCUGUGACCGUAUUGGCAUCCGUCCAGUCCCAGGGAGUCCUGGUGUCACGCUUGAAGCUGCCGUCACCGCUAUUGAACGUCUAGGGAUACGGUUCUGCGUUGUCAGGUUUUCUCCCUCUCACCCACCUAAUCCCCUCAAUCCUCGUAAUCCUCUCGUUAUGCGCCCCAACUUGCGGCAAAAUGUGCUACCACCCCCCAGAGAUGGGAUACCAGAAUCAUACGUCACCUGGCGUCAAUGGCCACGCCGAGUGGGAGUGGCGUAUACGCGUGCCAAUGGUACAGGGCAUGUGGUCGUAUGCAAUUCGCCUGGCGCGCCUUAUAGACGUUAUAUGGACUACCAGACUCGUGCAGAUGGGCAGGAUGUGACUAGAGAAGUGCAACAGAGCAGGGUCUUUAUGGUAUUUGCUGUAGAUUGGCAAAGGUCUCGAGGCUCGUUCAUUGAGGCGUUACAGCGCCAGGAAGCCCAGGAAGAGCAAGCGCAGAGACAACGGGAGGAGGAGCAGAAACGACAGGAAGAAGAACAGAAACGACAGGCGGAAGAAAAGAAACAGCGCGAUAAACAUGGAUUCUAUGGAGGCCGCUUCUAUGACAAACUGUAACUGUUCAGAUUUCUCUGUGUCUUACGAAGUUUUCGCCGCUAAGUUACUUUCCAAAGAAAUGUCUUGCGUGUACAAUAUGAUAAAUUCCCGGUUGUUGUACUUGUAUCGCCAGCUGUAGGUUUUGUUUUGAAUUUUGAUG